AUGUGCAAGUCUCCGCUCCACGACCUCCUCGUGGCCCUGCCCAAAGUCGAGCAUCACUUGCACAUCGAAGGCACGCUCGAGCCGCCGCUGCUCUUUGCGCUCGCGGCCAAGAACAAUGUCGCGCUGCCCGACGACCCGGCGUACGCCUCGCCCGAGGCCCUGCUCGCCCGCUACGCGCGCUGGACGUGCCUCGACGACUUCCUGCACUACUACUACCAGGGCAUGAGCGUGCUCGUCACGGCGGGCGACUUUGAGGCCCUGGCCUGGGCCUACUUCGUCAAGGCCGCGGCCCAGCGCGUUCGCCACGCCGAGGUCUUCUUCGACCCGCAGGCGCACACGGCUCGCGGCGUCUCCUACGACACCAUCGUCGAGGGGCUCGCCGCGGCCAAGAAGCGCGCCGUCAGUGAGCUCGGCAUCACGGUCGAGUACAUCGUCUGUGUUUUGCGACACCUGCCGCUCGCCGACUCGCACGCCCUCGUCGACACGGUCCUCGACCGGGGCCACCUCUCUCCCCCUCUUGCUGCCGCUGCUACUGCCGGCAAUGACGCCGACAGGAGCAUGCUCGCGGGCUUCGGCAUGGUGUCGAGCGAAAAGAACUUCCCGCCGGAGCUCUUCAAGGAGCUGUACGCGCGGGUUGCAACCACCGGGGCACGUCUGACUGCGCAUGCCGGCGAGGAGGCUGGGCCCGAGUUCGUCACCGCAUCGCUAGACCAUCUGGGCGUGACGCGCAUCGAUCACGGCCUUUCGGCCGCCCAGGAUCCGGCGCUGGUGACGCGCCUGGCAUCCUCGGGCACGCUGUUGACGCUGUGCCCGUGGUCCAACGUGCGGCUGUGCAACAUCCCCGAGCUGAGCCACGCCCCCGUGCGGGCAUAUCUCGACGGCGGCGUGCGCUUCAGCAUCAACAGCGACGACCCGGCCUACUUCGGCGCCUACAUCCAGGAGGUCUACUGCCGCGUGCAGGACGAAUUCGCCCUCUCCGUCGCUGACUGGGAGUGGAUCCUCCGCGGCGCCAUCGACGCGAGCUGGUGUCGCGACGAGAGAAAGGGCCAGCUCGUCGCCGAGCUGGACGCCGUGCUGGUCGAGCACCAGAACCUAGGCCGGGUGCUCCAGACGUAA